UCUCGAUGCAGGAAGGAUGCACGUACUUAAGGUUGAGCGUAGCAAGCAACAGGACAUCCCAUCAUGGCAUUCAGUGCGCAGAUGUCUAGAGAGCAUCAGCUAUGGAGUCUGAACAACUUGAGCGACCAAGUGAAGGCCCGCGACACGGACGGCCAAAAACAGUUUGCGAGGACGUUGGGAUCGAUGUCGCAUCGCCCGCUUCAUGUGUCGGACGAUCUGCUCCACCUUGCCGAGCGCAAGGGAUACCUCCUUGUACAGGCGAACACGACGCGGCUCGACACGGCGCUCGUGUACCAGCGUGACGCGUACGGCAUCAAGUUGUACGAGAAGCAGGUCGGCGCCAUCAACCACGGCGGAGUCCUCGUCGUCCAAGGGGUCAGCACGGGGGUCGCUGGUUCUGUGGCGUCGAUCUUAGAGACGUUCACGAUGAACACGUCCAAAUCCUUCACGACCACGAUGCAGACCCUGCUGCCAUCGAUCGUGUGCCAAGGCGCGACCGUCGCAUCGGACAAGGACAAGGUGCAUGUCCACUGGAUGUCACUCGUAGGGCUACACGACGACCAUCGUCUCAGCGACAUGCUCUUCCUCUCGUCCUCUCAACUGUACGAACCCUCCGUAGCGCAGUACGAUGACGACAUUGGUGACGACAUGGUAACAACAACAACCGCCGCCAACGCCUCUUGCGGCACGCACAUCUGGGAAUCUGUCGAUGCCACCACCACCUCCUCCUCGUCCCUCCAGUCGCUGGCUCUCUUUGGUCCCCACGACACCAAAUGCAUGCGGCUGAACGUGCGCAACUGUGGCUUUUUCAUUGAAACGAAUCACGACACGGACGACAUGUGUCGCGUGACAUUUACGUUUUCGUGUCACUUGACCGGCGGUACAACCAGUCGUAGUUCCAACCCUUGCGAAACUACGAUAGCCAAAGCACGGCAGUGGAUGCAAGGUAUGGUGGUCACGGGGCUGCAGCAGCUGGCGGCCACGUGCCGGGCGUCGCACCUCCAGCUCGUGCCACGCCAUCAGUGGGCCCUAGCCAACCACUGCACCCUCUGCGCCAAGUCGUUUCGGUUCAAUGUCCUACGCCGGCGUCAUCAUUGUCGACUCUGUGGCCAGUCCAUCUGCAGCACUUGCUCGACAUUUGUCACGUUGGACACCCUAGACGCCUCUUGCAAAGUAGCGCCAGUGGACUCUGUGCGCUGUUGUCUGCUGUGUGCGUUCUCAGACCAGUCGUCGAAAAGCCACAAUUGCCGAGGAUGGCCAAACCACGAUCCAGAAAAAUCGAAACCAAUCGCAGGCGCGACUCGAACCAUGCCAGGUCCGUCCACUCGAACGCUAUCCAAGCCAACAACCACCACACACACAAGAUCAUUGUCGUCUUCAACCUUCCAGCAACAACAACCUCGACGCGUGCCAUCCGCGGCGUCCUUGGCACCGACGACAUAUUCCACCACGGCCGGCAGUAGCCUCCGCGACAGUUUGGCGCGUCUGUCCAUGACCCCCCCAGACAACAUGGUUCCGUAUUCGCCGACUCGACAAGGGAGCUGGCGCGGUCAUCGCCGGUUGUUGUUAUCCGGAAGUGGCUCACACCACCACCAGCAACAGCAGCAGCUAUCACCCGACGACUUGGAUGUGUCAUUCUCGUUAUCCUAUCACCCUCGAACCAACACACACAACGAUCCUUUGAUUAACGUCGAAGAGCAGCAAGGUCCGUCUCCAUCUUGUGACCUGCCGUCGCCGGUGAUUCGGCAUUCCAGCAGCAUGAUUGAGCUGACUCGAGUAUCGUCGCUGAAUGGACGGCGGUCGUUGCAUGCACAGAUGGUGGGCUCGUCCAAUCAAAACAAAGCAUUGCACAGCCACGACGGGCGCAACUCGAUGUCGUCGAGCCAUUUCGACCGCCACGCCCGACGCGCGGCCAUGAUGGAGCGGUCCUAUUCGUUCCUGGAAACCGCCAUGUUGAAGCAGCCUAGGCUUUGCACUUUGGACGAUCGUAUCCCGGGCGACAAGGCGGUGCCACCCACGGAGAUGCUGCACCAAUUUGGCUUGUCCAUCGUAUCCAAGGCAAACGAGCCUGGGAACCAACCACCCAUAUCAGAACUACCACCAGGCUCAGAUAGACUCGUUGAUGAUCGCGGCGGCAUCGGCGGGACAACGUAUGAACGAGGAUGUGAUGAUUCAUUAUUGUAACAAUGGGGACUUUGGUGUGCCGAGGCUUCGUUCGAAUCGCAGUUGAUAUAGAGUAACAUACACAUACAUACUAAAGCGGAC